AUGGAUCCCUUUCAAGCCAGGGACAAGACGUGGCUGGGAGUGGAGGCUCUUUUACGCGAUUUACUGAACCUUAUCGAUGAUCGCGACUCUGCAGAUGUCUUAUUUCUUGUUGGACAAGACGAGGUUGCAGUAUAUGCCCACAGACUGAUGUUGGUAGCUCGCUGUAAGCAUUUUCGUAAUCGCCAAAGAGAGCUAUGGUCCUCGAAGUCAGUUCAUUCGCAACUGACAGUGAGAAAACCCGAUUUCAGACCUGAUGUUUUCCGUGAAGUGCUCACGUUUGUUUACACUGGAAAGGUAACUCUGCCGUAAUCUAGUUUUUGAAAGCUAACUGUGGAUUCAAUGUGUUUGUUUUUCGGCAGAUUAUACUGCUUUCUUUUAAGUAUAUUGUACAAGUUUAAUAUAAGUACUGCUUGCUUUGUAGAUAGUUUAAAAUUUGUCUGCUUCCACAAUUAAAAGGGAAAAACCUGGACACCUGGGCAUUGGGCAUUGGGCCGGGUUGUUUAAAGCAGAGUUCAGAUAAACCAGUGUCAAAUUUGAACUCAGAUAUGAAAGCCAAAGGCAAAUUCAUUUUAAUUCUUUUUGUCUAUAAUUUAAUGAUUAGGUUAUCGUUAAUUCGCCUGUACCCUGAAAUAUUUCAGGAAUGUUUAUAGUGUUGUGGCCAAUGGCAACAAAGUUCAGGACACGCCUUUUCUUUGGUUACCAGGUUGAGCUUCAUAGCCGUACAGCUUUCGAGAUGCUAAGGAUUGCUGAGGACCUGGAAAUAACUGACCUACAGUUAGCUUGUGAACAGUAUUUCAUGGACAAUCUAAGUGUAGACAAUGCAGCAGAAUUUUUGGCAGAUGCCCUGUCUCUCGCAAAAGGUGCCGUAGCGGGGGGCAUGUCUUCUCUAGUGAACAAGUGUAUUGGAUUCAUGGAAGAGAAUGCUGAGGAUGUGAUACAUACUGAAGGGUUUCUCCAACUUCCAAAGGCAGCAAUGAUUAGACUUGUGUCUAGUGAUCAGGUAUAAAUAGAUAAACUACUUGAUAAGAUUGUAUACUCCUCUGAACUAAUUAGAAAAUGUUCCUCUCGUCUCUAUUUUUUACGUCAACUCAAGAGAUCCGGAGUGGCACCAAGUGAGCUGGUGCAAUUCUAUGUGACAUGCAUUAGGCCCGUCCUGGAAUACGCAAGUCCUGUAUUCCAUCGUUCUCUACCAAACUACAUCAGUGAAGAUUUGGAACGGAUCCAAAGAAGGGCUUUCAGAAUCAUCUAUCCUGACCUGUCAUAUAGUGUAGCACUAGAAACAGUUGGCCUACCGAAACUUCAUGAGAGGAGAGAAAAGAUUUCAAUCAAUCUGUUUGACGAGAUAGUCUGUAACCCCACCCACAGUCUCCAUAGCCUCCUCCCCCAAAGGAAGAGUUGUAAAUAUGCUCUGAGACGCAAAAGUGAUUUCACUCUCCCCCUAUGUAAAACCGCGUGUUUGAAGAAAAGUUCUAUUUUUAGCCAUGUCUAUAAGAUGUAGAUAAUUUUUCUUAUUUUCUCUUUGUUAUCAUCAGUAUUUGUAAAUAUCCCGUAAUUCAGCCUAUGGCUGCAAUGGUGUUUAUAAUAAAGUAUCUAUCUAUCAAAUGAUCAUCUGUGCCUCUCUAUGGGUACCUGUGGGCGUCGAUUUUGUCCCUCUUUCAGAAUAAGACCUCCAUUAUUGGAUUACAAAUUUCAAUUUACCAUUGGUUGCAUCUAACUGUGGACAUGAGACAAAAAAACAUGUUCUAAUAGGUGCCAAACAUGACGUGUUGUGCAGUCAAACAUUUGAAGUUUGACAGCCAUUUUAACGGCUGCUUUAAAAAGCAAACUGUCACGCCAAAGGUAAGUUGUUUACCGCUAUAUGUUUUUGAUUGGUGCAUUCUGCUCAUAUUUCAUUUUUCAGAACUCUCAGGCAUAUUUCUGACUCAGAAAAAUCACAAUUUCCUUCUUAACAUCUAAAAAUUCUUGCAAAGAAUAAAUUAUUUUGUUGAGUGAAAACAAAUCAAGUCAACAACUGCCGCGUACUCUAAACUUCGAAUGUUUGGUGGCAAAACAUGCAUGUGUGCACCCAACUGGAACAUAUUUUUUCCUCACAUGUACAUGCUUAGAUGCAACCGACAGUAGACUAUUUUGAUUGUGGAACUUUGACCUGAUAGUUUGAUGUGAGUCUUCUUUAUUUUUAACCACACAGUUUGCAGUCUCAGAGGAGGAGCUUUGGCGUGCUGUCCUAUCAUGGGCAAAAAGAAGUUCAGGUGUAAGCAAACCAACCAAUCAGUGGACAGAAAAGGACAAUGAUAAGAUAAGAGAGGUAAGGUGUAACAAACAUGUAAGAAAUGAUGAUAUUUAGCUAAUCUAAUGCUAAUAGCUUCCAUUGACAGCUUUUAUAUUUUUAUUAAAAAAAUUGUUCCUUGUCGUCACUAUAUAAUUUAGCUGUUGACAGGUAUAUUUUACUUUGAUUUGAAUCAUGUCUGGACAUAAAAAUAGCAGAUGUUAGAAAUGUGUUCUUGCUAGUGACUAGUAUGGUGAAAUAUUGGUGAUUGGUGACUAAUAAAUAUCAUAAACUUAUACCAGUUGCUCAGUCAUUGAGGUAUAGCACAUCACCCCUUAAGGUCAAAAUAUAUUUUUCUUGUAUUCAUUCCUCUUAAGACUCUGUCUGGAGUGAUUGAACACAUCAAGUUACUGUUGAUUGACAGUUCUGUUUAUGCCGAGGAGGUGGAACCUACAGGUGUUGUUCCAAUGGAAGUGUCAUUGGAGAGGUAAUUAUUCCCAAGUCGUGAUUGCAUCUUUAUUGUUUUACCCCCACUUAGCCGAGCACAGACCUAUCUAGUGGGAAGGGCAUGAAUGGGACUCAUGGGUACCAUGUAAGGUGCCCUGCCCACCCUACCCAAGGUUUAUCAUUGCCAGAGAUUAUACUAAGUCCCUAAUAGUUCCUUUUAUAUCCCACUAGUUUCAGGUCAUUGAAAGAGUCAAUGCAACGUCCAAUGAAAUCAUCCAGAUCACACCUUGUGUUGAUAGAAAUUUUGUGUCAAAAAAUAAUGAAUUUUUUUUUUCCUUUUUUAGGUAUCGAUUUGCAGCAGUCCCCGGUCACUUCAAGAGAGCUGAAGAUCCUCGUUUGAGGCCCAGAGCAUCUCACAAGUUGUUUCAUAACACAAGUCUCUUGUCCAAGGAUCGUCUGAAGUUUCAAACUGUGUUGAAUGUUUGGUUUGGGAAUGAGCAGCAGGAAUGGCAGCUGCUUUAUAGAGCUUCAAAAGAUGGAUUCUCAGCCGCAUCAUUUCAUACGAAGUGUGACGGCCAUUCACCAACCCUAACUGUUGUUUUAGUAAGUAAAAUCUGGAGGGCACCCAUUGUGGAAACUAAUCGGCCUGCGAGCAAGCUCUUCAGGGUGCUCUGGCAGCAGGGUGGGAAAAGGAAGAAGAGCUUGCAACUAUGUCUCUGGAAUUUAAAUAUCUGGAUUAAAAAAGUUGAUGCAAAAAUAAUUAAUGUUGAUUGGCAGAGAUGACACAAGUAAUGAUGUCAUUACCCAUAGCACUACAUUACGUUGUUUACAUUCGUGCUUGUUUCUGCUUCGCACUGAUUGGCAGAACUCUGACAGCUCAGUUGAUGGGAAGCCACUGGGGAAUUGGAGGUGGAAUUCAAAUUCCAGAGACAUAGUUACAAGCUGUCCUUCCUUUUCCUGUCCUGCCCCCAGAGUGCCCCAGAGAGGUCUCUCGCAGGCUAUGUUCUUACUGAUUUCUAUGUCAUUUUUUUGCUAUAAAUAUAUAUCCUUAUACCUUUCACUACUAGAAACUGGUGGUAAACAUCAGGAAUAUGUAUAAUAUACAGGGUGUCCCCAAAAUUUUUCCUUCUUGUUUCAUGCACUAUAACUUUUGUACUCCUGACAUGUUUUUUGAUUUUCUUGAUGAUCAACUGUUAUCAGGGUACAAAUGGGAAUUUGUGUGGAGGAUUCAGUGACCAACCAUGGCGCAGUGAUAUUCCACGUGGAACUUACAUGCCUUCUAAUAGGUAGGAAAAAAUUAGUAUCUUCAAUCUUGUGCAUGUUUGUUAUCAUCAUCAUCAUCAUCACUAUUAUUUUUUGGAAUUAAUUUCUGUUAUUAUUUUUACGCAGCUCUCCUUUAAAUGAGUAUUGCAGCAAGCAUUGUAUAUAAUGCUAUGAGUAAUCCAGCAUAUGGACAUGCAUUACAUCCGUGUAGGGUGUGGGAAUACACCUCCAAUGUUUUGUAAACUGAUUAAGACUUUUAAAACGUCUAGACUGAGGCUAGUUUCAGCUAAUGAGCACGUUUACGUACAACCAAAAGACAAAUGAAGUAUAUGCAGACAGUGAAAAUGCAUGCUACUCUGAAGAAACUGUUGAAUUUAAUGUUACGAUUGAUUAGGAUGACAACCAUAAUCAAUAAUGUUGAUGAUUGUAAAGAAGAUUAUUACAACAAGGAUGAUAAUGAUGAUGGCAGUUGUGAUGAUGAUGAUGAUGUUGAUGGUGGUAUUGGUGCUGAUAAGGAUGACGAUGCCGGCAAAACAAUAACAAUAACCAAUCCCCACCUGCUUCUGCUUCUAAGAAUGGUGGUGUUCUUAGUAUUUCAUCUUAUAUUUUUAUAGGUGUUUCCUGUUUACAUUAGUCAACUCUGAAGGUGUCCCUCCAAGCAAGUUUGAUUUAGUGAACCCAAAGUAUGCCACCCUUCAUCAUCCAAGGUUUGUUGUCAGGGAGAUUAUAUGAAACAAAAAUGUACAAUAAAUCGUAAUUGAGUUUUAAUUCCAUACACCAACUGGUCACUUAAUGUGCUAUAUAUCCCAUAUCAACACAGGACUAAAUUGUAAACAAGCGUUUCUAACUUUUGCUUCUGUGGAUAAAGUCAACUGGUUAGAAUACCAACUCUUUGUUAGCUCAGGGCUGUAUCUAAAGAAAAAUAAGGCAGUUCGCAGUCCGGAAAAGAUUACUAGAGUAAUACCUCUUAAUCCUCCUUCACAGUCGUAACUGCUGCUUGUAUACGGAAUAUGAGAAUGGAUAGUACUUUGGUGUUACUUUUCCUAUAAAACCUCAUCAAUCCAGGGGUCAAUUUAAUAAAACUUAUACAAGUGUAAUUUACAAUAGUGUAGAUAUUGUUUUUAAACUCUAAAAAAAAUGGCUAUACUUGUAAAUAAUACACUUGUAAAAGUUUUUUUUCAAAUUGACCUCAGUGUAUUGCAUGCUAGUUUAGCAUCUUGGAAAUUAAAUUUUGAGACAUUUGAUUUUGAGAGCUGGUAAAGAACUACAGGUAUGUGUGCUGGUUUCUCCAUUGUAGGUAUGGUCCCAUGUUUGGUGCUGGUGCUGAUCUGUGUAUAAGUGAUGAGUGCAAUGAGAGGCCUGAGUCCUACUCUAAUUUGCCUCACUCCUAUGAUGGACCCCAGGCCUCUACGAGCAUUCUCAUGGGAGACUACAAUUUUACAGUAGAGGACUAUGAAGUAUUUGGUCUGAAAAAAGAAUCGUUAUAUGAGAGAGUAUAACAGACUGAAACGACAAUCACUGUAAAUAGCUUGAUUAUAUGUUUUGGAGAAACUGCCCACCUACCACUCCCCUAAGCCAACAUUAACACUUACUUCUCACUUAGGGCAAAAUGUUAGCUUAGGGGAGGGGUAGGUGAGCAGUUUCCCAAAAACGUAUAAUGAUCCUUGAGCUCCCGUUGGUGUUACUGGGUACUAACAU